UCGUUCGUUCGAUAACUGAUUCGAUUUAAUUGUCAAAUGUAAAUUCGUCGUGAAUAGUCGAGAUAUAAUGUGUUUCAGAACCGAUUGGGAAUGCAGCAAACAGCAGUUGUCCUGGACCUGCCUCAUGCUCAAUAUUGUGAUUGUGUAUCUGAUUGUGGGAGUAUUGUUUCAACAUGCCUAUGUGCUGAUCAAACUGGGGCCAAACUAUGAAUUUGCCUCACUCUUCACGAUGCUGUCGUGGAUCGAGGGCAUCUGCAGUUUGGUGCUGUUGGUGGACACGAUCUUUGUGAUGUGUGGCACAGGGAAUCUCUUUCUGGUGUCCAUAAUUUUGGGCUUCUUGCUGAAUUCUGUGCUCCUGAUUUCCGGCAGCUUUUCGAUUAUCGCCUAUACGGAUGCCUAUGUUGUGGUGCGUGGUUUCUUUAGCGAGAGACUCUACUACUAUGAGACCACACACGAGUGCUGUGGCAUCAAUGGACCCCAGGAUUAUGGUGUGCCCAUUUCGAAUGAUACGAUUCCCCUUUCCUGCUACAAAUAUCGCAAAGCUCUGCCCAAAAAUCUCUAUGAACGCGGCUGUCUUUAUGCCGCCUAUGACAGCUGGUUCUGGUUUAUAUUCUCGAAUUGCUAUUGGUUUGCCUUUGUUCUCAUGAUUGUCGAUAUCGUCUGUCACUUUAAGCUGCGGCAGCGUCUCUAAGAGGGAAUAUCGAAUGUCAUCAAUAUCACUUGCUCUUAAAUUAUGGCUAAUACACAAAGUAUCUGUCCAGGCGGUAAAUGAAACCACACACUCGCGGUGUGUUGUAUCACAGUUGCAGCUGAGUUCAGUUCAAUUCAGUUCAGUUCAGCUUGCGACUAGAAUGCGUCGACAACGCCCACGGUUACCGUUCGACCACAAAAGCCAACAAAAAAGCUAUUAGCCAUUAACAACAACGGCCCACAGCAUCCGCCAGGCGUUGGUUAACCACAAAAUAUCGUUGUCUUUUCGCUGCCACCACCAACAACAACAACAAGCAGCAAGCAGCUACAACCGUGCAAAUGCCUUUUAAUUUGUCAAAGCCUAAAAUAUGAAAAUUAAAUGAGAAACCAAAGCAAUGCACUGUGCACAGUGGAACCAGUUUGCCAAACAAUCUACCGAACUGACCCUUGUCAACUUAACAUAUGUUCAGCCAGCAUUUAUUAUGUGGGGAAAAGAUAUGGAAAUCUAGCAGAUAAAUCAUUGAAAUGGGCAGCGGCUUGUUAGAGAGAAAACAAUAUCUUAGCUGAUAGAGUUUGAUAGAUACAAAUAUA